AUGUUCCACACUCCUAUUGUGCCUCGCGCGAGGAAGAGGUCAAGGCCGGCCGAAGCAAGCGCUCCCAGGCGUGAAGGGGUGAAGUUUGAGGAUGUCAGGCUGUACCUGGUGGAGAGGAAAAUGGGCCGCAGCAGGAGAAGCUUUCUGACCGAGCUGGCCAGGUCAAAGGGCUUUAUUGUGGAAGACGUCCUCAGCGAUGUGGUGACUCACGUGGUGUCGGAGGAUAGCCAGGCCUCGUCUCUCUGGGCGUGGCUAAAAGGAGGGCCUGUGAAGAAUCUGCCUGUCAUGCACGUUUUGGACAUCAGCUGGUUCACUGACAGCAUGAGAGAGGGGAAACCUGUUGCUGUGGAGACCAGACACCUUAUACAGGACACCUUGCCUGCAUCGCCAGAAGCUACAACACCCACACCCGUGUCCACGGUGUCUCAAUAUGCCUGCCAGAGACGGACCACCACAAAGAACAACAACAAGAUUUUCACGGAUGCAUUUGAAGUGCUGGCAGAGAGCCAUGAAUUCAAUGACAUGGAGGGUCCGUGCUUGGCCUUCAGGAGGGCUGCAUCUGUGCUGAAGAGUCUGCCCUGGACGGUGCAGAAUUUACGGGUCACAGAAGACCUGCCCUGCCUGGGGGAACACUCUAUGUGUGUCAUAGAGGAGAUCCUUCAACACGGCCGCUCGUUUGAAGUCGAGAAAAUACUCUCGGAUGAAAGGUAUCAAAUACUAAAGCUGUUCACAAGUGUGUUUGGGGUUGGACCUAAGACAGCUGAGAAGUGGUACCGCAGAGGGCUGCGCUCAUUCAGCGACGUUCUGGCGGAGCCCAGCAUUCAUCUCAACCGGAUGCAACAAAGUGGUUUUCUGCAUUAUGGAGACAUCUCCAGGGCUGUCAGUAAAGCAGAGGCCCAAGCCCUGGGGAACAUUAUUGACGAAGCUGUCCAUGCGAUCACACCGGACGCCAUACUCACACUGACAGGUGGCUUUCGCAGGGGGAAGGAUUUUGGCCAUGAUGUAGACUUUAUCGUGACCACACCACAACUGGGGAAGGAGGAGCGGCUUCUCACCAGCGUUAUUGAUAGACUAAAGCAGCAAGGCAUUCUUCUCUACUGUGAAUACCAGGCCUCUACUUUUGAUGAGUCGAAGCUUCCCAGCCACAGGUUUGAGGCCAUGGACCACUUUGCAAAGUGUUUCCUGAUCCUGCGUCUGGAGGACAGCCAAGUAGAGGGAGGUCUCCAAACUGCUGAGGAAGACAGGAGAGGCUGGAGGGCUGUACGCGUGGACUUGGUAUCUCCACCUGUGGAUCGCUACGCCUUUACUCUUCUUGGCUGGAGCGGCUCCAGGCAGUUUGAGAGAGACCUGAGGAGGUUUGCUCGAAUGGAGCGGCGAAUGCUGUUGGACAAUCACGCUUUGUAUGACAAAACUAAGAAAGAGUUCCUGGCAGCUACAACUGAAAAGGACAUCUUUGCCCAUCUGGGUCUCGAGUACAUCGAGCCUUGGCAGAGAAAUGCGUAGGCCUCCGCUCCUCCUUGGCUGAAUGAUACCCUGUGCAUACAUCAGUGUUUAUCCCAUCUGCUUGCCGUUAUGUGGCUCUCCUGUGAUUCACUUUCAAACAGCUUUUGAUUUCCAUACACUUUUGUGUUGUUGUUGUUGCCAAUAUUGUUGUUGUCUAGAUUACAUGACGAUGUGUGAUUCAUAAUUCUGCUUAUUCACUAUUGUC